UAACGGGAAACUCAUGUUGGAAAAAGUAUCAGUUUCCAUCUUCACCUUGAGAAGUGCAGUAAUCGAAGCAUAAAAUUCAAUAUGAAAAUUUCCAUUGCCUGUCUUAUUGCCAGCUUCUUGGUCUUGAGCUUCGUUGACUUCUCCGAGGCAGGCAUCGGUUGCCCCCUCAGGACCGUUCCCCCCACCAACCCAGCCAUGGUCGCGAUGCCAGCCAUGUGGUCCCGGAGGAAGAGCUUGUCCUGGGUGCUCAGAUCAACCACAGCUCUGCGAGGAGCUAUUGGCCCAACUGAAGGAACUCGAGGACCAGAUCAGAGUUUGCGUCUGCGGCCAGAGCCGUUGGUUGGUCUAAGAUCGAAAAGGAAUUGCGGCAAUGAUAAUGGAACACGUUCACAACUUUGUUAAUUAAUUGUUUUCACUGUUUUUUUUUUUGGAUUGAAUAAAAAUUUAAUAUCGUUAAA